AUGGACGAGUUCCUCACCCCAGUCAGCACCACGUACCUCAAGGCCAAGGACGAGGUUGAGCCGCUCGUGCUUGAACGAAAAGGGCCAAAGAAACCCCAUACUGCCGCAGUCAUCACGAGCUUGGACGAGGCUGUGGAAAUUCUCAAAAAUCAGCCAGAUUAUGACUGUUUGCUAUCUACUCUGCAUUUUUUGUGCGACAACCCCGACACCAUCACGGGCAAGCCCAGUCCGCAAACCGCAGCUGUCAUCCAUUUCCUCGUUACCGAAAUCACUCCAAAUUACUGGACUCUCCUACUAGAAUCGUCUACGGCUUCUUCCGAUGGAUCCAUCGCCGAAAACAGCGAUGCUGAUCUAUUAUUGCGCUCUUUAAGCAACGUCACUGGACUCAACGCUGCUGUCGCUCACAUCAACUCGCUUUUGGUCGAAUCUCGGCAUAGGAGAAACGAUGUCACAUCACAAGAUAUUCAUCUUCAUCUCCAAAUCUUUCUACAUGUCACAGCUUCGCUUCUCAGAAGACCUGGCUCCAUCCGUCAGAUAUGGGCAGCAUCCGUGCAGCCAUUACCCGACGCUGCGCUGCGAAAGAUGCAGUCACAGACUUUGAUUAGCUUGCUGGCAAGUAGCCGCGUACUUUCUGUUGCUUCGGAAGCUUCCGCUGUUAUAGGACUUGACAAGCUCAACGCGACCACCAGAUUCAUCGCCGAUGGCGCAGAAUACGUCAAAUGGAUUGCCAUCAGCUUGGCAUCUUGGGCAAACGCGGCUUCUACAGAAGUGGAAAUUCGAUCCUGUCAUGAUCUUCUGCAAAAGGCAAUGUCUCUGGGAUAUCAAAACGUCUUGGUCACAUUGCUUAUAGACGAGCUUUUGCUUCGGUCCGACUCAGAUCCUGCUGCCUUCAUGCAGGUCUGUUUCCAACAGCCCACCACAUUCAAGAAAGUAAUGCAAAUUUUGCUCGACUACCUGGCGCAAAAGUUUCUGAAAUCUAUUUCUAUCGAGGAUGGUUCAGACAAUAAAACCGUUUCCUCUGUGGCUGGCAUCAUUAAUAUGCUCAUCAAACAUGAUCCCGCAAGACUGUCUUUUUUGGUGUCCUGGUGCACAGCAUCGUCUGGCGCAGGCUUGGGCGACAGCAUUGGUAUUCGUCGUGCUGUACUAGCGUCUCUAGCAACAGAAAAGGAUGCCAUCACCUCAGUCCUCGAGAAGAGCCUUAAUCAAUUUGGUGAUCAGCUGUAUAUCAAGCACGCGCCGAUUUUGCAACAAGAGGUCCACACACAGGUUCUAUUGCUUAGCGCUGGAUACGUGUCCAGGCUUUCGCCUCUCAGGCUGACCAUGCUUGUCAAAUCCGGCGCGUACAUGAGCAGUAUCUCAAAUCGUAUCGCGUCUACGCAGGAGAGGGCUCGAAUCCUUGGCAUGAUCGUUGGAGAGUCCCUAUCUACUCUUGUUGACAAGGGAAAGAACAAGCUCGACUUCCACAUGGACGAAAUGGAAACCGAAGAGAUUGAGUCUCUCAAGUCCUUAACCAAUGUCUCGGAUUCCAUUGGUCCGUUUGAUGACUUGCGUGAAGCCUCUCAAUCUGUAGCGCAUGUUGCAUCACCUACUACGCUUCAGAAGCGAACUGCAAAGCCAAAGAAGAUGAAGCCGGUACCCAAGACCUCUGCGGCUGCAAAACUACCCAAAGCAAUCAUUGAGGAAUUAGACUCCUCUGAUGAUGGGGACGAUGACCUGGCCCCUUACGCAAAAGGCUCAGACCCCGAAGACUCCGAGGACGAUGCGGAGCUUGUUCAGCGCAACAAGGUGAAACCGCCAGUAUAUAUUCGCGACCUUAUCACCUACUUUAGGGACGCAGACAAUUAUGACAAGCAAAAGUUGGCGCUUCAUUCGGCACCAACACUUGUUCGACGAAAGGCAAACUACGGCACAGAAGUCAAAGAUCACGCCGACGAGCUGGCAGGUAUCCUCGUCGGCCUACAGGACAAAUUCGAGCUUGAAGGCUUCGCCGAAACACAGCUAGAAGGAAUGGUUGCACUCAUAGUGGCGCAGCCCCAGAGCAUGGCGCCCUGGUUCGCCAGAACAUUUUUCGAGGGCGACUACAGCCUGUCGCAGCGGACGGCCAUUCUCAUCUCCAUCGGUCUGGCGGCGCGAGAAGUGGCCGGGUUCGACACGGGCACCUUUACAACCUCUGCCGGCUUUCCCUCCAAGCAGCUGCCCGAGAAGAUCCAGCAACUAUACCUCGACGCCGACCAGGCCCAGGCGCCGGAGUCUGGCGGCCGCCACCUCAAGGCGCUGCCUUCGAACGCCAUCGAGUCCAUGUCGCGGGCGCUCACCGCCGACUUCCUCGCGCCCCUCGCAGCCACGGCCGCCGACGCCGCCACCGGGCCCGACGUCCUCAAGCUGCAGAGCUUCACCGCGCGGCACACCACGCGCAAGACGACGAGCGGUGGCAGCGCCCGGCCGCGCGUGCGCGUGCGCGCCGUCCCCAACACGGCCGCCGCCGUGCUCGCGCAUGCCUUUUUCGCGCCCCUCACCGCGCACUUCCAGGCGGCCCUGGCGCGCCGCCGCCACAGCGUCGCCGUGCGCAACCCGGCCCUGCUCGCCCUGUACCUGCAGACGAUCGGCAUCGUCGUCGCCGCUGCCGCCGGCCCCGCAACGCUCGCCCUGCCGCAGAUGACGGCCGAGCUCUGGGACCUGCUGCUCGGCGUGCGCGUGCCCGUCCUCGAGGCCGGCCUGGGCGCGCUCCGCGGCUGGCUCGUCGCGCUCGCGGCCCUGCUGCAGGCCCACGACGACGGCGUCGGCGGCAUGCGACGGUUGUGCGAGGAGCACGGCCGGGCUCUCUUUGAGACGCGCGAAUGGGUCGGCGGCGUCUUUGAGCGCAUCCGCGGGGAUGAUACCGGCGGCGAGGAGAAUGACGUCAAGAUGCUCGCGGCGGGUGUGCUCAUCAAGCUGGGCGAGGCGGUGGACAAGUAUCAGGCGCUUCUAAUGGGAGACAUGGCGAGUUUCUCAUGA